CCCACAUUUUGGAGAUCUUUCUCUGGCAGCUGAACCGCCAUUUUUGCUCUCUCCGUUUGGACUUGGAAGAAGGCCUGGGAACACGACUCCUUAGACCACCUAAGACUGCCAUGGCUAGAUUGAAACCUGCAAGACUAAAGGUCAUUUUGGGGGAGAACAACACUGAAAAACUGACCCUUCCAAAUGGCAUACCAGAGUCACUAGAUGAGCUUCACAGCAAGAUAAAGACUGUUUUUGGGAUUGAGGGCAACAUCAGAUUGCAAUACAUGGACAGAGAUUUUGACAAUGAAUUCUUUAAUCUAAAUUCAACCAGUGAGCUUCAGGAUUUGGGAACAAUCAAGGUGAUCCAGGAACAAACAAAUCCACCUUUAAACACUGCCAAUGAGACCACCUCAUCCCAUUUGGUUUCAUUUGAUUCUGACGACAAUGCUUCAUUGACAUCAGCUGACACUGUAAUUAUCUCAUCCCCUGAGUCUGUGUCCUCUCGAACACAACAGUGGCCAGAAGACUUUCCAGUUCCCAAAUUUUCGUACGACACUGAACUACAACUAGAAACGGGGAAUUUGGAGUAUCACACAAGUAACAAAAUGUUGACAGUCAGCUCCCGUGUUAAGUCUGAUAUCCUAAAUAGACUAGCAGAACAGAUCUACAAAUACAAAGCCUACCCAGAGGAUAUACAUUUCUGCAUCGUUUCAGAGGCCUUAAUUAAGAAGUACCCUUGUUUGAGAGAACCUGGCUCUUUCAAUGGCUGCUACGGCUGGAAACAGCGGUUGAAGUACAAAAUGGGAAACUACAGAACUCAGCUCAAGUUGCAGGGGUGUCCAGAGCUGUCUGUAAAUUCCCUCAAAUCCAAAGCUGCUACAGAUGCCUUCCCUGCUAAAAAAGUGAAGAGGCCAAAACGAGCUGAAGCUAACUUCUAUCCGUCCCUUCCUACCGGUGAGACUCUAGAAAGCCUUGAAAAAGAGAGACUUGAACUUCUCACAGAGGUCAGGAUACGGAGGAAUGAAAGGGUUAUCACUGGCAAAAUGGCACACACUUUUGCCUACAGACGUCAGGAGGUGGUGAACCAGGAACCCAGCAUUAAGGACUUUAAGGAUAGAUGGCCUGCACUGUUUCAACAGAAGGAGAUCAAUGCAGAGUUCCAAAGGCUCAUGGCUGUUCCACUGGAGGAGAGGUUCAUAGCCCAGCUCGACCACCACACAAGCCAGCUGAUCAAAAUCAUUCGUGCCAAAGGAGGAGCAACACAUCAAAAGACUGCUGACAUCAUGACUAUUUUGGACCAGACUGAGGACAUUCAUCUUCGGAGAGAGUGUGUGCUGAAAGCUAUAAUCAUCUUCCUGGGUGAAAAUGCAGAUGACCUGAUCAAGGAAUAUCAUGACUUGGAUGAUGCUCAGGGGGACCUGGAACAGCAGACCAUUGCUGUGUUUGUCAUUCGAAGAGGGGGGGGGUGGAGCACAGGAGCCGCCAGAAGACGUUGGCAUUGUCAUUGAGGGUGUGACUGUGUUGCAUGAACUGUCCUCAGUGGCCUCAGCUUGUGCCCUGCUCCUAGGUUUGAUAUAUGUGCUAAACCUAGCAUAUCCAAAACCCCUCCGGUUCAGUUUUGAAGUGCUCCAAAAAAUCAUCAUGCAACUUGAGCAGCAGAAGAUGUCCCCAAAAGUCCAAAACCUCUGUGUUAGACUUUGAAGUUAGCUUACAUUAGCUGAGAAUUUGUUUGAGCUCAAUAGGGGGGGUGGGGAGUUCUUCACAGUUUUUCAGUUUAAAUUUCUUUAGAUGUUACAGCUAUGUUUGGGCAGUUUAUUAGUAACACUGUGGAGCUGCGACUCUCUGCUGCUGCUGUCUUCUCCCAGUAACUUCUUUUUUUCUUCUCAUUGACAAGUGUACAGUUUUGAUGGCUGUUCUUACAGUCUCAUUGAAUCUCUUAUCGGAUAUGUAUCAGAUUUCAGUAACUCAUGCUGAAGUGGGAAAUGGAAUUGAAUUUUAUUUAUUUAUUUAUUUUUAUUUUUUUUGCUGGUAACAAAAAUACAAAGGAUAUGGGUUACAUGUGACAUAAAGGUCCGAGUUGGGACGCAUUUACUGGCACAAAACAUGUUUUCCUACUGCACUGUGCAAGAGUUGAGGCUUUUUCACAAAUCUUUGUAGGAGCAAGAGUUUUUUGUUGUCCAUGUAUUUCAUUUUAAUGCAUUUCAAAACCCGUUAAACUGAAACAAAAGGAAGCAUCUUUUCUUAAAGUGCUCACGGAAAUAGUCAUGCAACUUAAGCACAGAUAUUUGGCCUUUUUUCAUGUGUUGAAUCUUUUCUAUGUUUUAACGUACAUAUUGGAUUUGCUCUACCGCAAUGUGGAAAAGCCUUAGCUCUGAUUAUGCGCACAUUUUUGCAGGGGCACAUUAUUGCUUGUUCCAAUUGGUUUCUGUUUUGCUAUUUUUCGAGAAAGGUAGAAACAUUUUCUGAGCUGAUGGUUUCAAUUGUUAUAAUCGAUGUAUGAAACUUGAAGUGCCUUAACAUGUAGUUUGAAAUGAUUUGAGAAGCUGGAAUUGUGGAAUAUUUAGAUAAUUUGUUACUGUUUGUGCUACAUUUGUUGACCUCUUAAAUUCAUAUGGGUUCUAUGCUAUUUUUAAAUGUUUAAGCAUGUUUUGCAUGUGUGUUAAGAGGAAGGGACAAAUUACAUCUGUUUUAUGCAGGUUUUAUGCAGAUUUUAUGCAGAUUUUUGAGCUGUGAACUUUGCUUACAGAAUAAAAUGUGAAACAUUGGA